CAGAUGGCCUCGCUGGGCUCCAGAGCUCGCGGUUAGCCCCGCCUCGGGGUGGGAAGAGCCGGAGCUCACUCGGGUGAAGCUUUGCUUCCUCUCUUGCCUCUUCCUCCUAAUGUUUCCUCUGCAGCCGAGCUCGCGGGCAGGCAGCCUGCCAUGGGGUCCUGCUCAGGAGACCCCCGCCUCUGCUGGGCCACGUGGCUCCUGCGAUGCGCCAGCCUCCUCCUCAGUGCCUGCAGCACUGUGGCCAACAGCUCCGGAGCCCACGUGUUUCUGAACAGGACCCAGGGAGGCUGUGUGUUGUUUCACGCGGCCAGGGAGGCAGGAGCUGAGCUGAAGGAGAUCUCGUGGGGCUUCGGCCCUGAUUCAGCGUACACAGUCAUCCUGCGGGUCCAUUCUGGCGCGGACUCUCCCACCUGGGUCAGCCUCCGGGACAAGUAUGAGCACAGGGUCCACGUGCCCAACAUGACGUCCCUGAGGAUCGACAACCUUACGCGCGAGGACAGCGGGCAGUACCGGGCUCGAGUCAGCCUCACUGCAGGAAAAGAAUUUAACAGGAAUUUCCACCUCACUGUCUAUGCACCCGUGCCCCUUCCCCAGAUCUGGGUCACUUCCUCAUCCAUCACACCAGGCUGGUGCAACGUCACCUUGGAGUGCAGGGCCCAGGGGGCCAUGGAGGACCUGAAGGUGACCUGGGAGAGCAAAGGCCUCCCCGAGGAGCUGGAGCAGAGAGGGAUCCCGGGACCAGCCCCCAACUCGUGGACCCUGGAUCUGAGCCUGCCACUGAGCCAGCCCAACCCCAGGCUCACCUGUGUGCUCAGCAACCCGCUUGACCAGAAAACUGCCACCACAGACCUUGGGGCCAUCUGUGUCCCUGCAGGUUCACAUGCACAGACCAGUGCUCGCACCCUGCCAGGCAUCCUGGGGGCCACCGUCACUGUGCUGCUCAUCCUUGGAGCUGGACUGUGGCUUUGGAAGAUGCGUGGGAAGAAGAAGAAGAUGGAGACCGGGAGAGGUGCAGGACUGCAGGAGGCGCACAGGGACGAGGACGGUGGCGUGCACUACGCAGAGCUGAGCCCGCAGGUGCCUCAUGAGGGCAGGGACAAGGAACCGUCUGGGUCGCACCCCCAGGGUAUCGGUGAGCAACAUCUGCAAGACAUAGAGCCUCUCAAGUCUGUCUACAGUGUGGUCCAUAAGCCAGGCCAGGCCAUGAAGAUGAUUUAAGGGGAGGAUGCAGGAGAAUCCAGUCCUCCCGGGACACCUCCACCCUGAGCUGAUCCCUGCAGACGCAGCCUCUCGCAGCUCUGGUCCAGCUCCAGCUGCCCCUGGUCUGUGUGCUGUGACCCUGGAGCCCUCAGAUCCCUACGUGCAUGUGGCCCGGCCAUUUCCUCUGACCCUCCCCAAGCUGCCCUCCCCUCAGCGUCCUCAGCCCUGCAGGAUGAGGGCUCUUCCUGUCGUGGACUCGGCUCCUGGCCCCUGUCCUCCUGCAGCUCCCCAUGCGGACCCUCCUGACUGCACAUGGCAGCCUCCACGGCCUCUGCUGCAUGUCUUUCUGAGAACAUGAGCCCAGGCAUGGGCACUGUAGAGAUGUUGACUGUCCACAGAGGAGGGAGGUGGGACCUGGCUUCAGGAUGCAGAGUUGGGGGUCUGUGGAGGCAGCAUGGGAGGGUGGGGCCCGGAGGGUGGGGCCCCUAGAGGGACUGGCCCGGGGUCGCGCUGCCCCUUGUGCACAGCUCCCGGGCAGAGGGAGCAGUGUGUGCGUUGGGAGGAGUGUCCAGUGCACACUGUACACAGGCCACGGCCUUCCUUCUGGGCCUCGGCCGCAGCCCGCCUUCCUGCGGAGUGCGCGGGGGAUGUGUCUGCUCUCAGGGUCUGCUGAGCCUUCUCAGAGAAUAGGUUCCACUCAAUAGGCUGUACAUGAUUUUCUCAUUUAAAACUUCAACAGUUCGGUGAGGAGGCAUCCCCAAUGUACCAGGAGCUCAGAGUCCGUAGUAGCUGUAGGAAAAGAGCGUCAGAUGUUCCUCUGUUGGGAUGGACACUUGGUGGUGGGGUGUCGUCCUGCCUCUGCUGUGGGUGUGAGGGUGAGCCUGGGGAGGGGAUCCAGCUCUCCCACUCCCCGGGGGCCUCAGCAGACGGAGCCCCAGCACAGAGGCUGCUGAGUGUCUCGUGAGCCCACAUGUCGGUGGGGGUGGAUGGGAUGACCUCCGUGACCCUGCCUGGCCCCGAGGUUCUGAGUGGGCUCUCCCCACCCCUCCUGCAACCUCACGUUGCCUGAGGACCUGAGGCGGCCUGCACUGUGGUGCAUGGGAGCGUCUGCCCUCCCGGGGUCCUCCCGCCUCAAAGCCUCUGCCUCCUGCAGCUCUUGGGUCAGAGAUGCACUCACUCUGGUCCCGGGCACUUAGUACCUUGUCUGCUGGCCUGGACUCCUGGGCGUCUUGGUUCCCUUCCCAGCUCAGCUCAGCUGCUUCAUCUCUGACCUUAGAAAGCAAAAUUCUGAGCUAGAGGCUUGGGCGUUAUGAAGCAAUGCUCCUGUCCUGCUCGACGGGGCCUGGAUAGCGGAGGAGGAGGCGGAUCAAUAAAGCGGCUCUUUCAGACCUCUCCCGCCUCAGGCUGAGCAGGAAGCUGAAACAAAAAGCUAACAUCUCCUUUCUGGAAUCCCAGGUGAGUGGUCGUGGCGGAGUAUCAAUGUCCAUCCACUCAGGAGCAGUGAAAGAUAUGACCACCCACUGACCCUUCCCACCCAACCUGAAGCAGAGAAGAAAAGGAAGAGAACUGGCCUUUCAAAGCCUAUAAUGAAUGAGGCUUUUUCCUAGGCAUUUUACAGAAAUUAUUCCCUCUGUAUGCUCCCAAGAACUCUCUAGGGUAGGUAUUAUCAUCCCCAGUUUGCAGGACAGGUUCCUAGCAUCCCAAACUAGCUGGUGACAGAGCAAAGCCUUCAGUCCAGUGCUGGAUGAUUCUAGUGUCCACAUCUUACCCUUUACCACAUGGUCAGUGAAGAACUUGGGAUCCUGGAAUGUUCAGAAAGGAAUACCCUCCAUUCCUUCCUCUCCCAAGGAUCCUGGUCUUCUGACUCAGGUGCUCCAACUUGUUUUGAGCCCAUCCUGAUGAUGGAUGGAGCCUGUGGUGGUAGAGAGGGGAAUUGCCCCUUAUGUGGAGAAUGGGGCCUUGGUGGUGGGACACGUGGAAUGAGGGACCUCGCCCUCUGGUGCAGAUGAGACAUUCAGAGAUGACGUCCUUUCCCUGGAGUCUUGCAGAAGUUCCUUCUCCUCUGAACAAGGUAUGUUCAGCAUCCCCAUCCUUACCAGCUAGCCUUUGCAUUAUAUUCAAAACUCCACUCAAUAGGCUGUACAUGAUUUUCUCAUUUAAAACUUCAACAGUUCGGUGAGGAGGCAUCCCCAAUGUACAGAUGGAAAAAUAAAAUCCAGAGAGGUUAAGCCCCUCACAUGAGUUCUCCUGAGUUAGAGUGAUGCAGGCAUGAUGUGAGGCCACACGGAUGGUAAUUUUACUCAUUUGAUCCUUUUUCUCCCUCAUCCCAGACACCCAACCUGUCACCAUGCUCCACGGGAUUAUCCUUCCUAAUGCUUCUUGGACCCCGUCCUCCUCUCAUCCUUCCAUUCCCACCUUCCUUCCACCUUUAGCUGCACUGUUUUUACAUUUCCGCCAGCAAUGGAUGGGGAUCUCUCCACAUCCUCUGCAACUCAUUUUUCGAUUGUAGUCAUCAUAGUGGGUGUGAAGUGGUAUCUCACUGUGGUUCUGAAUUGCAUUUCCAUGAUGACUAGUGAUGUUGAGCAUGUUUUCAUGUGCAUAUUGACCAUUUGUAUACCUUAUUUGGAGAAAUCUCUUCUUCUCUUGAAUUGCCCCACCUUUCCAUUGAAUCUGCAGCAGUCGGGGUCACCGGGGAACUCCAGAUUGGUAAAUCUGGUGGUCAGCUCUCAGUCCUCAUCUCCUGGAACCAGUUUACAAGCAAUGGACUUGCCCUUCCUUGAAAAACUGCCUUCACGUUGCAUUCACCACUCACUGUUCACUUCUUCCUACUCAGCUGUUGCUCCUUAGUUUCGUUAUCCUUUUCCUCCCCAGCUCCCCUGACUUAAUUUUGGAAUAUCCUAGGGUUCGUACCCAAACCACCGAGACCACCUCUCAUCAUUAGGUAUACUCAUUUUCUUUCUGAUAUUAUGGACACGCACUAAUCCCCAGAUUCUGUGACUAUGUGACCUCCAAUGUCAAAAAGGACUUACAGACGUGACCCCUCUCCUGGACUCCACGUUAUGUCCCACUGUUUGGACAUACCUGACAUCUCCACUUGCAUGGAAAACAAGCACCUCCAGCUUGUCAUGUUUAAAUUUAAACUCACACACGUGCUUCCCACACAUUUUCCCACCCCUAAAACUGUCACUUCCAUCCUUCCAUUUUUCUGGCCACAAAACUUUGGUGUCAUGCUUGAUGUCUUCCUUUUUCUCACACCCUACUCCCUAUCAGUACAUACUGAUAUCUUUCCUCCUGUAUAUAUAUAUAUAUAUUCAAAUAUUUAUUUUCAUAAUAAAAUACCUCUCACAACCUCCCUGGCCCAGUAAGGUUAUCAUUCCUCACCCAGAUUACUGGAGUAGCUUCAUAUCUCCCUACUUUGUUUUUUAAUCCCUUAGCAUCCUGUUUUCAAAAUUAUUAUCCAGAAUGAUCUUUUUCAAACCUAAGUUGCACCUUAGCUGAGGACUCCCCGAUGGGUCCACUUCAUCUGCAAGGCCCUGUACCACGUGACCUUAUGUCCCAUGCUCCCUUUCUCCUUUCAUCCACACUGGGCUUUCUGCCUUUCCUUCCAUACACAUUGCAUGCUUCUGCCUCAGGGCCUUUGCUCUGCCAGGAGUCUCUUCCUCCAGGUAUCUGCAUAUCUCUUUCCCUGACCUCCUGCACGUUUUGUGCAUAUGUUACCUUCUCAGUAAGGUCUAGCUGACUUCCCUAUUUAAACCUGCAUCCUUCCCCUGGAGCCCUCCCUCCCCCUUCAUGCCCUAUUUUCUUCACUGCCCUCCACAAGGUUGUGAGUCAGGGUGAAUUUAACCUGGGCUGUACUUUAAAGACGAGUGGGUAUUGAGGCCUCAAGGUGUCAAUUUCAAUCUUAUUAUGCAAAUACUAUUAUUAUUUCCAGGAAACUGCAACAUUGAUAAGUUGCUUGUCCAAGUU